UAGAGGUUGAUAUUGUACUGUUCUAUUAACCUUAAAUAUUAAGCUGCAGUCCUAGGUAGAUAGAUAGAUAGAUAACAUAACGCAGCUUAGAAGCAAGUUGUGAGAAGUCAACACCAACCAGAAACAUGUCUCCGCAUCAUCUCAUUCUAUCCUCAAAGUUGAUGACUACACCCUGUCUCAAAAUCAUCACCUCCCUAUUCCUUUUUUCUCUCUUCUACACCAUUGUUUCCACCUUCUUCACCUCACCUUCAUCUUCACCUUCACAUGAACUCCAUCAACACUUGCAAAAAUCUCACUUUGAUUUCUGCCCAAGUAACUACACCAAUUACUGUCCAUGUCAACACCCCAAAAGGCAAAAACGCUUCCGCAAAGCAAAACAAUUCCGAAAUGAGCGUCACUGCCCUCAAAGCACUGAGAAGCUGAGGUGCCUCAUUCCAAGCCCCGUGGGCUACCAAAGCCCGUUUCCAUGGCCUAAGAGCAAGGAGAGUGCAUGGUUUUUUAACGUGCCUUUUCCUAAGCUUGUGGAGUAUAAGAAGUCACAGAACUGGGUCAAGUUGGAAGGUGACCGUUUUGUGUUUCCUGGAGGUGGCACUUCGUUUCCCGAAGGAAUCAAGGGUUAUGUAGGUGCUCUAAACCGUCUUCUUCCUGUGCCUUUGGAAUCUGGGGCUAUUAGAACAGUUCUUGAUGUUGGUUGUGGGGUUGCAAGCUUUGGAGCUUCUCUAUUGGACUAUGAUAUCUUGACAAUGUCAAUUGCGCCGAGUGACGAACACGAUGCUCAAGUACAGUUUGCUUUAGAAAGGGGACUUGCAGCGAUGCUUGGAGUACUAAGCAUUCAUAGGCUAACAUUCCCUUCAAGAUCAUUUGACAUGGUUCAUUGCUCUAGAUGCCUUGUGAAAUGGACUUCUUACGAUGGACUAUACCUAAGAGAAAUUGAUCGGAUUUUGCGUCCUGGUGGAUUUUGGGUACUGUCUGGGCCACCCAUAAAUUGGAGGGUAAACUACAAAUCGUGGAAAAUAGAACCUCAGGUGUUGGAAAAGGAGCAGAACAUUCUAGAAGAGCUUGCUAUGCAACUGUGUUGGGAAAAAGUUGCUGAGAGAGAACAGAUUGCUGUCUGGCAAAAACCCAUAAAUCAUAUCAAAUGUAUACAAAAGCUGAAGACUCGGAGAUCCCCCAAUUUUUGCAACUCAUCUGACCCUGAUGCUGGAUGGUAUACCAAAAUGACUGCAUGCAUUUUUCCUCUUCCAGAGGUGAAAGGUGUCCAUGAAAUAUCUGGUGGAGUUCUUGAGAAAUGGCCUCUGAGGUUGAACACUGCUCCACCGAGGGUUAGAAACGAAAAUACUGAUGGUGUCGCACUCAAAAGUUAUAUUGAAGAUAAUCAAACGUGGAAAAGGAGAGUAUCCAAAUAUGGGAUGAUGCUUAAAUCCCUCUCUUCUGGUAAAUAUCGAAAUGUUAUGGAUAUGAAUGCUGGCUUUGGUGGAUUUGCGGCUGCAAUGGUGAAAUUUCCAGUUUGGGUUAUGAAUGUUGUUCCCUUUGAUGCAAAAAGCAACAAUCUUGGCAUUAUCUAUGAACGGGGUCUUAUAGGAACUUACAUGGAUUGGUGUGAGCCCUUUUCAACAUACCCACGAACUUAUGACUUGAUACAUGCUAGUGGUGUAUUCAGUAUGUAUAUGGACAAGUGUGACAUUACUGAUAUUCUUGUGGAGAUGCAUCGAAUUCUUCGUCCCAAAGGAGCUGUAAUUAUAAGAGAUCAUGGAGAUGCAAUUCUUAAAGUAAAAGAAAUAACAGAUAAAAUAAGAUGGAAAGGAAAGGUGGUGGCUGGUGAUGAGGAUGGAGCUUUUCAUACAGAAAUGAUCAUGAUUAUUGACAAUGCUGAUUAAAGUAAUUAUAUUGUUAGUCCUAUUAAUAGUAGAACCUUUGUUCAUUUCCUCUAGGCUAGCUUUGGAUAGAUCAAUUUUGCAGAAUCAUUAUUUUAGUAGUUUCUUAAACUUUAUUUUAUACAUUGAAGGCCCAAGCAUGCACAUGGAUAGAGGAGGACAUGUGGCCAUAUAGAAAAUAAACCUCACUCGGGCUUUAUUGUUUUGAUAAAUGAUAGAUUAUCAUUGAUUCAAGAAGUGAACGAAGAAAAAUACGGCAUAAGAAGCCAAACUACCAACAAUCUCUAUUAUAAAAUGCAUAACAUAGUGACACC